AUGCUGCGGAGGAAGCGCUGGAUAGUGGUGCUGCUGCUGCUGCUGGGGGUGGUGCUGUUUGCGUUGCUGCUGUUGUGGUUGUUGCCCUUCAGGGCGCAGCAGCAACAGCAGCAGCAGCAGCAGCAGCAAAAGGAUGGCUCAAGUCAAGGCCCUUUCUCCUCCCCCUGGCAGCAAGACACAGCAGCAGCAGCAGCAGCAGCAGCAGCUCGUUCUCCUGCAGCAGCAGCAGCAGAAAUUAUGGGGCUCGGAAGGAAGCAGCCAAGCGGAACUUUCUUUGUGCAGCAUUUGCCUGGGUACACUGCUGCUGCUGCGAUGCCUUCAGCAGCACCAGCAGCAGCAGCAGCAGCAGCAGCACACGGUGGUAGGCUUGAGGAGCUCCUUUCUACUCCUCUUUCUGCUUCGUCUGCAGCUCUUGCUGCGGGAUCGACAGCAGCAGUGCAGCAGCAGCAGCAGCAGCAGCAGCUGCAGCAACAGGACCUGAAGGAUGUUGCCUUACCCGUACCGUUUGCUGCUCCACCGCAGCAGCAGCAGCUGCAGCAGCGGCAGCAAUCUGUCCUUAUGUCUCUCGGUUCGCGCACAGCAAGCUUCCCCAACCUGUUACCUACACCGGGCUCUUCUCUCGUUGCAGAGCAGCAGCAGCAGCAGCAGCAGCAGCAGCAGCAGCAGCAGCAGGCACUGCAGCAGCAGCUAGAGGCGGAAGGGUGGAGAGGCGAGUUAGGGGCCUUAGCAGAUUUUAAUAAUGAUAUGCACGUCGAUUUCAUCUUCAUUGGAAGCAGCGCACACCUGCCAGAAUGCAGCAGCAGCAGCAGCAACAGCAGCAGCAGCAACAGCAGCAGCAGCAACACCAGCAGCAGCAGCAGCAGCAGCAGCAGCAGCUCAACGAACCCGCCCCCCACUUCGAGCGAAUCAACGCAGCUUCCUCCGGAUUCCUCCACAGCCGCAAUAUCAAACAGCAACAGCAGCAGCAGCAGCAGCAGCGGAAGCACGAACAGCAGCAGCAGCAACAACAGCAAGAGCAGCAGCAGCAGGAAAGGCGAGCGUUGCGGCAGCACAAUCUCUGUAUACACCUGGAGCCCCGACUUGAUGCAGUUUCACCUUCAUGUGUCUGUACACCUGAAGGAGACAGUAGACAGCAUAGUUGCUGUUGAUUGGUCUGGAGACGGGAGGGUAGAUAUAAUUGCUGUUACAUUAGGGCCCCCUGUUCCUCUUCUUGCUGCUGCUGCAGAUGCAGAUGCAGCCGCAGCAGCAGCAGCGCCAGCAGCAGCAACUGCAGCAGCAGCAGCAGCAGCAGGUAAACGGACGUAUGGCCUCGUCGCCUUCGUUCAGAGACCCUCAGGGGCCCUCGAGAGAGCUUGGGAUAGCCAGCAGUUUGUGCUGCAGCUGCUGCAGCACAGAAAGAGAAGCAGACAGCAGCAGCAGCAGCAGCAGAUAGUUGCCUCAUCUGGCUCAGUCGGGGCUGCUGUUGCUGUUGCUGCUGCUGCUGCUGCUGCUGCUGCUGAGGACGCUGCAUUGGCAGCUUCAGGAGAAGCGAAGGCUGCUGCAGCAGAGGCAGAAGGAUCUGGUGCAGCAGCAGACGUUCCUGCGAAUGGAGCAGAAGCACCAGCAGCAGCAGCAGCAGAAGCAGCUGCCGCUGCUGCAGCAGCCGCUGCUGCUGCUGCUGCUGGCGAAGAUACCGCUGCAGACGCCUUGGGCCUUGCUGCCUUUGAGUUUGGGGCUGGGAGAUUGCAUGCGCGAGCUGAAGAAGCAGCAGCAGCAGCAGCGGCAGCAGCAGAAGCAGCUGCAGCAGCAGCAGCAGCAGGGGGAGAAACAGUGUAUUUAGGGGGGGAUCCAGUUGGUGCUGCUGCGCGGUCGCCUCUGUCUGCUGCUGCUGCUGCAGCAGCAGAGGCUGCUGCAGCAGGCCUCACAGAUGAAGAGCUGCUCAGAUGCAGCGUUAGCAGCAUCCACCCCUUAGUAGCAGAUUAUACUUUCGAUUAUUACCCGGAUUUGCUUGCCCAGACUCCACCAAACACCAGCAGCAGCAGCAGCAGCAGCAGCAGCAACAGCAGCAGCAGCAGCAGCAGCAGCAGCAGCAAGGGCGCCUUUCGUUUCUUUUGGGAAAACUUAGGAAGCCGAGGGGUUGAGGGAUUUGCACCAAGAAAAAUAUCUGCUGCUGGUGAAUUCUUUUCAAAGACACAACCUCAGCAGACACCUGAAGUGCAGCAGCAGCAGCAGCAGCAGCAGGAACAACAGCAGCAGCAGCAGCAGGAACAACAGCAGCAGCAGCAGCAGGAAGAAGAAGAAGCCCUUAUUACCAAUCCUCACAGCAGUGCUGUUGCAGAUAUUGACGGAGACUGCCGCGCAGAUUUGCUGCUGAUGGUGCAGUCUCCGGAUUCUUCUUCUGUUUCGCUUGAAGUUUGGCUUAACAGAUAUGACGGUGCAGCAGCAACGUGGGAGCGGCAGCAGCAAAACAUCGCUUUGCCGCCAGGCUCAGGGCAAAUCCUUCUCGCAGACUUCGAUGCAGACGGGACUCUGGACAUCUUGGUUCCAUCUUGCGAGAAGAACGAGGAGGGUGUUUGCAUAAAGAAUGACGCUCUGAUUUUAAUGCCAAACACUCAGCCGCCUCUCUGCGGCUCUUUUUGGUGGACUUCGCGAACAGUUGAAAAAUGCAGACGCCCCUUCGAACUCUGCGAUGCAAAUUCAGACUUCGCCUUAGCGCGCUAUGACAGCAAAGAGGCCUCCAAAUCAUAUCUGGAUGCAGAUCCCUCAAUUCAUUUCUACGGCGAUGCUGCGAAGCCCGCAACUUUAAGCGUGGGCGACGUGGAUGGCGACGGCUAUUUAGACGUGGCUCUGGUUGCAGUGAAGGAGGGAGGGGUUCGUGCAAACGGGAAGAAGCGUCGCUUUCAACUAGCUGCGGAGUUUGUGGCGUCAGUGAAGGGCCAAACACUUCUCUGCAAUCGCGUGGCUUUCUUUGACUUCCGCGAGAAGGGACAGCCACAGCAGCAGCAGCAGCAGCAGCAGCAGGAGCAGCAGGAGCAGCAGCAGCAGAAGGCUUCUGGAAGCCCCUUCGAUACCGUGCGAGUGUUUCUUCAUCCUCCUGAGUCUUCAACUGAAAGUUUAUUUAUUAAAGUUAGCUCAUUGAAUGGCGUCUGUCCAUUUUCAUUUUGUUUUAGACAAACUCUCGCUCCUUUGCAUGAAAAACAAAGUCAAGAAACACCUCUUUCACUCAUACUCCGAGACACCAGCAGCAGCAGCAGCAGCAACAGCAACAGCAGCAGCAGCAGCAGCAGGGGCAGCGGCAGCGGCGGCAGCGUAGAUGGCCCAAUGGAUGCACUAGAAGCCAAACAGCAGCAGCAGCAGAAUGUGAGCGCAUCUGCGCCUCAAGUGGUUCCGGAUCUGCCACCCCCUUAUGGCGCUGCAGCUGUCGGUGCGACAUUCAAAUUAACAGUUACCGACUUGAACGGCACCAAGACACCGCGCACAGGCGUUCAAUUGCCUCAAAGUGCUCACGCCCCGCUGUCUCUGCCAUUUGAAUUGUUUGGCUUGGGGCAGACAAAUAAUUAUGUUGAGGAGUUCUUUCUAGGAUUACCCCUAGCACAACUGACAUCGCAUAAUAUGUGGGUUUCUCUAAUUCCUAAUUCACAAGUUAUAGUGAUGCCCUAUCCUCUUGAAAAACCCUCAUCAUGGCAGCUUGAGCUGUCUGUACACCCCAGCAGAAGUUUCGCCAACAUUCUGAUCACGACUGUGAUUUGUUUGUUAUUGGUGGCCUUAAUUAUUUUUAUACUCGAUAGAAAAGAAAAGGCGGAAGACUCGGAGCAGCAGAGAGGAUUCCGUAGCCAUUUCAUCGUCAGCUGA